UUUAGGGACAAUCCUGAUGGCGAUCCUGAUGAUGAUGAUGCCUACGAUAAUUUGGCUAAUGAUCUGGAUCAGAAGUUGAACGACAUGAAAGAUGAUUACGAUAAAAGGGUUCAAGAGAGGAAAGAUAAAGUUAACAAGGACAGGGAGACUAUAAAGCGUGUGAACGACAAAGUCGUUGAUAUAUACCACGAAAUCGUCGAUAAAUACGGUCCAGUGGACAAAUGGCCUCCUGAAGUAAUCGACAAGUUCCCAGGAGGAAAAGAGGUUGCAGAUCUUAUUGCAGAACUAGAAAGAAACAAGGAAAAGUUUGGUCCCCAUGCGGUCCAGCCACCGAGAACCAAACCACCCAAGGAUUUCUGGAAGAAAUUCUUGAAGGGAGAUUGGGAUUAUGGGUGGGAACUCGAGAAGAAAUGGCUCAUUGGCAAAGCCAUUGGUGCUACCAAUCCGAAAAUUGAUACCAAAAACAAGCCCUAACUGUUAAGGCUUCUUGUACCCAUGGUAAAAUAAAACAUAGGACAAAAUUACUUUUAUCAGCCAUAAAAAUAAUACAAACUACAUUUAUUUAUUUCAUUCAUACUGCUAUUUUUACAGGACCAUCCCAAUACAAUAGUGUAGCACAACCUAUAACGUCAUAAUCACAUUGAUUAUUGAAAAUUAAUAACAAGUCAUUAAGGC